AUGAAAUCACAGCAGCACUGCAGAUGCGUUUGGAGCGGUUUAGUUUGGAGCGCAUUCUUCUGUACUUCAUUUCUCCUAACGGCUCCAGGUAUGUAAAAUUCUCGUUUGAAUUCAAGAAGUAUACUUUUGAGUUCGUUUGGACUUAUAAAUUUGAUGGGGGUAACGAUAAUAAAUAACCCACAACAUAACGACUAUUUACACUGGGAGCCCCUGUUAUACACACAUUAAGGUGCAAUGAUAUCGCGUAGAAUACUUAACUAAAAUCAUGAUAUAUAAUUGCUCAUUAUAGUGGGUAUUUUUACACCAAGUGUAAGUAUAAAACUAUUGGACCAAGUGUAAGACUUUACGUUAGUCUCUGGUUUGUAUUCGCAACACCACGAAACCGGAAGUCAGAAGUAAGACAAUCACGCAUGAAUGAACAAUGAAUUUAUUUAGCAUUCUUGUCCCUAUCUUUUACUGAUUCAUUGGGAUAACCACACAGCAAACAAACACAAGUAAAGUAAAUAAGAUAAGGUGUAUUUCAUUCAAAAUUCUAACGAGUAUUUUUUUCUUGAAUUUUUUACUUGAAUUCCUUACAAAUCUUUCAUGUUCACGGCCAUUUUGAGGAUUACGAAAUAUGAAACCACAUGCAUUUAAAAACUCUCAUACUGAACCUGGGUCGCCUCACCCCUGUAGUUCCUAUCCUCCACAACGGAGGCAUUUCCUGCUUUCGUACUGAAGCCUUUACCCUGUAUAUGAUGGUCUAAACGUCCAAAGUUUCCGCCAAAUGUAUUGGAAAUUACGUGACUUUAUGUCUAUUUUACGUUGAACUGAUGAUGAGUUAUGAUUGAUUGCUGAUCCGCCGAUUUCGUUGAUUGACAGUUUUAUAGAUUGAUUUAAGUUGCUUUAUGCUUUCGUGAUUCCAGUUUAGCUUAGAUUUUGGAACCAAUUAGGACAUUGUGUAAUCUUUUCUUGCAGAAUAAUUGUUUAUUAAAGAAAUCUCAAAGGCUUGAUGCGAUUGUUUCCUUCUCGACCAUAUGAAGAGGAAAUUUACAACGACUUAAAUUAUACCAUUUUAUGGAGAUGUAAACUGAAGUCACCGCAAAACGGGGACUUAAAAAAUAGUAUAAUCCAUUUAUCUCGAAACAUAAUACACAUGACUUACAGGACCUUUAUUUUCUUAAAGGUGUUUACGAACGAAGACAGUAAAUGUGAGGGGCAAAAACAGUAUUAAUAUGAAUGAACCAAAGGGUUUUACUUAAUGUAAGGGUCAAUUAUUGUGCCUUGAGAUGUGUUGCUUGAAAAGAGAGAGUUCGUGCACAUGUGAUCAGAAGUAAACGAGGGCGCAUAGUGCGUUACUUUCAGUCUAUUUAAUAUCCAAGGACUGUGAAUAGUGUUUCCAUAUUGUUUAGCUGGCACAAAAACUUCGGAGGAGUUAUAAAGCGGCAUAGUUAUCUGCCAUGAAGAAAAGUUAGUCAUGGGUGAGACAAACAGCGACCUCGAACGAAUUUUUAACUCGUAUCGGUAUCAGGUAAAAAAUGUGUUGGCGAUCGUUUCAUCUAUUUACAUUGUUUAAAGUGCGUGCUGAUGAAAGCAACAUACGAGCAAAGAUUUUAUUCCUUUGGUAUAUAUUCCUUUAAGUUAGAGACAAAUACCAAGAGGAAAAUUUUAAAGCUGAAUAUUUUUUAUCUUGUGGAAAAAAUAGUGCGUUUUCAUUUAGACUGUAGACCGCAAUUUAGUAUCGUCUAUUUAAAGUCUGAGGGUUGCAGUCAGUGAGGCCCCUGCAUCGGGAUCAAUGGACAGUUCGCUGUCUGUUUUAGUAAACUUCUGGUUUUCUUACAAUACAAUAUUCCUGUCUAGUGUAAAUCAGCCCAGUUUUGUUAUUUCCGGUUACGUCAAAUUAUAGUCACGUUAUACUGUCACGCUAUAUUUUGGGGGACAGAGGGACUGGGGGAGGGGUGCGUGGAAAUAAUGCAAAUCGUUUCCUGCUUAAAAUUAAUGGCUAACUUGUUUAUUUUUAUUCAUAAUGGUGGAAUUUAAAAGUUAUUAUACAGCCCCCACUUAAGGUACUCAUAUUUUUUGUUACGAAAGUCUUUCAAAAGGGUACGAUGUUCUGAAUGAGUUUAUGUUUCAGUCUCACAUGAGAUUUUGUUUCACGCAAUGGUCGGCGACAAGAUUUUAUGGUAGCCUGAGUGUGUAUAGCCGCCCCCUCCCCUCAGAAAAAAUAGCCCCUAGGCAGCCCAGUUAACUAAAAUUCGCUGCUUGGGUCAACGUUUGCUGGGUAUGUGCUGCUGGCCUCUCAAAACUCUUACCCCAAUAUAGGGUAAGAAAAUUUGGUUAUUUAUGCACCCAAGAAAUUUUGGUUGUGACGUAAUUGUCCGUCCGUCCGUACUUACGUACGUACGUACGUUCGCCCAUUCAUGUAAACUUGGGUGGAAUUUGCAUUUCAAGCACGCCUCGCGUUUCGGGGGCAAAUCGCAUGGCCGCCUGAACUUUUAGAGAGAAAAAAAACAACUACAAAAUAGCUGAGUCUUUCUUUGACCUUCUUUCGACUAAAUGUUGAUGUCUACAUUAGGUGGAUAACAUGCAGGGAAAGAACUAGAGCGAGAAAUAAAAAAAAAAAACAACGGAGAACAAUUUCGUCGGAAGAAGCACAUUAAAAUUUUACAGCGGCUGUGAGAAAAUGAGAAAUGCUAGCGGCCACCAAGGUGAAAAUGAGCGGCAGUGAAAAAACAAAGUGGACAGGAACACAAACAUUUCCUCCAUAAAGAGAGUGACUAGGAAGUUUCACGUUUUAGUCUUGCGAAACAACGCCAAGGAAAUGUACAAACAGGUGUGCUGCACGUGCAAAGUUGUUGUUGUUUUUUUUGCUAAUUAGACCUAUUGUUGUUGUUUUUUUACCGUUGUCCUUGUCUUCACCGUUUCUCCAGUGUUUCCUUAGUAUUACACGAUUUAUAUUUUCUUUGAUUAAACUAUAAGUAAUAUGGAGGGCUUCGCUUUUAGCCCUGGCUAAAUCUAUUAAUUAGUAAAAUCCAACUUGUGGUCCAUUUUCAAUGCUCCGUUCUGAUUUGUUGAGUUACCACUAGGCUAUAUGUUAUAGCCUACUAGUAGAGAAAAGCGCCCGCUUUUUGGCGGAAAAAAAGGAUUUAAUUCUAGCUUUAACUAGCUAAAGUUGUUUUGUCUCGAUAUUUUUGACCAACUAGUUGGAUUUUACUAAAACAAUUAUUCCUCUCGUUCUUAUGGCCUCUGAGUCAGCAGCCCAUUCGGCCUUCGGCCUCAUGGGCUAUUGACUCAGAGCCCAUUCGGGCUCGAGGAAUAAUGAUUAAAUAUUAGUCUAUUCUGUGACCAAUUAUAGACCCUAUCUGAGUCAAUUUGAGGCAAAUAUGUUUUUCGCGAUUCUAACUUGGCCACUUUCGGUUUCAACCUCGUUCCGAGGGUCCUCACCUACUCGGUCCCCGUGUGUGUGUGUGUGUGUGUGUGGAGGGGUGGGGAAGUGGGGUGCGAGUAGGAUGGGACCCCGGCAAAGAGUUUGUUUCUGUUCAUGCAUCACCUUAUAAUUAUAAGGUGAUGCAUGAACAGAAAUAUAAAGCAUUUUAACCAGGUCGGUCAUAACGAAAACACAUUUUUCAAAUUCCUAGAUGCAAAAUUUAUUUUUUUUAACCCCAGGAUCCCGAAAAUGUGCGACCCCAUACCAGAUAUUCUUGAAAAUAUAGUCAAUCCAUAUGUAAAAUGCGAUCCAUUCAGCGGCACAUCCCCAUUAGCCUAUUACUAGGAAGUACCCUCCCCGGGAGGGAUCGUAAAGUCCCUUGCUAGUAAAUCCAAUGAACGCAGCGAGUAGUAAAACGCCCUUGAUGGGUACGUGGCAACGCCUGGUUUUGAUUUAGUCCCAUUUUGAGCGUGGCUAGCAAAAUUCAAUCUACAUUAGUUGUACGCUUUAUGUUGUUUUUGACAUUUAUUUUACAUUUUUCCUGAAAUAGAUGAUUUUCACCAUUGCAAAAGGCAUGUAAUUCAUGUCAAGCAGGGACAAAUUGUGUUUAAUUGACUGCUAUUGUUGAAGGUCCUAUUGUCGGCGAAAAGUUUCUUUUUACACCACUCUUUCGUGUUAUCAUCAAGCAAAUUUUCUUACUGAUCUCCAUACAAUGCAAUAUAUAGACAAACAAGCGGCUUGGACAUAAUUGUGCCAAGAGCAACUUGAUUCCAGGGCAUGAAACGACUUUCAAGAGAUUUUGGCUCUCUAAUUUAGCGAUUGAAUCAUCUAGUGAUCUAUGGCGGAUCACAGCAUCAGUCCCACUAACUUUCACGAAGACAUACUGACAACUGGCACACCAGCGCAAGACUAGGUGAUGAUCAUGAUCUGCGCAGUGUUGAGGCGGUAGGCAUAAGAUAGUCAGAAAUUUUGGAUCGGUAGUCGGACCAAUCUUUAAAAAGCUUAAAUGCUAUUUGUCCGUUUACCUCAAAUUUCAGAGUCUUCUGCAUGUUUUCAAAACAUGUUCUGAUUGGAUAACUUUGUUUUCCAAGUGCUCUAUCUGGUAUGGUUUUCGUUCCGGUGCAAACGCUAUCCGGCAUAGUCGUGAACAUGACCUAAAUCGAGCCCAAAGCGUCGAUCGCAUUCUUAGCAUUUCAAACAAUUUUGACGGCGUUAGUUGUGCGGCAAUGACAGCAAAUAAACCUGCUAAAAAACGACCCUCACAUUCACAGUUUUUGUUUUGUUUAUUUUCUCUUUUCCAUCAUCGUUGUGGUUGCGCUGAGCUCGCUACUAGGGUUACCACGCAGUUCUUAGAGCGGUUUUCACUUGACUGUCGAAAGGGAUUGGUUUUGGGUUUGGUUUUGGUUUUACUACGCCCUUUGUUGGCUAGUGUAUUUACUUUGGUUUUGGUUUUACGACAGUCAAGUGAAAACCGCUCUAAUAUGGGACGAUUUUGCCUGAAAGCUCGACGAUUAGAUGAAAAACGCGCGGACGAAAUCGACGUUCGUAAGUACCCAUUCAGUGGCUCUGUCAUGAGGAUUUUGCCUUUUUUGGUCAAUUUUGUGCUACAAUUUAAACUUGGUGUCUCUAGCCUUGUAAAAAAUGCUCCGGUAGAGUAGUUAUGAAGAAGAUAACAAGCAAAUUUCAUCUGGGAGCACUAACCAUAGUAAUUCAGUUGUGGGGUGAUUUUUUCAGGCGUAGCAUUACAACUGAACGUGAAAAAGCUGGCCCAACGUUUUGAAGUUUCAAUCCAUAUUCAUCCUUGCCACAGACCUGCCAACUCUCACGAUUCUACCGUGAGUCUCACGAUUUUUUAACGUUUCUCAUGGCCUUUCGACAGGCCUCCCAAUCUCACGGUUUUUGGGGAAACGCCAUAGCGGUACGGGCCGGGGGGGCGAGGGGGGCUGCAGCCCCCCCAAAGUUUGGGCAACUCAGAUUUUUUGGGCAGCAAGAGAAAACUUGGGCAAAGCCAGUUUUUAAAGACGUUUCCAUGUUUUUUUAUUAUUAUUAUAUUUUGAAGACACAAAUAUUUUCUAUUUUAACCAGAAGUCGGCGUAAUAAUUCAGUUACGUUCACACGAGAGAGUGGUUGCCUAGCACGUGAUGAGUUUCUGGUUAUAAGGGAAGGGUAUCAUAUGCUGAUUUUUUUUGUUGUUGUUGGGCACUGUACUUAACUCUACUAGCUGGAGUGGGCUAUUUCCAGUCAUGAAUUGAUUAGAAUAAACUUCCGCAUAACUUUCUAGAAUCACCUCCGCUCCUAGAACAGUGUGUGGCAGAACACGCAUCAGCAAUGGGUCUGAAAGUGAAGUGGCUGACUAAUUCUCAGUUUGAAUUACGAGAAGAAUCAUAAUUUUCUUGAAAAAAUCUAUCGAGGGUUUAAAAAUUAUUCACUAAUUUGUUUAAGUAGACCGAAAUGUUUACGAAACUCCUAACAAGAUCGAGCGCUUAUCAAAUCCUUCCUUAUUAGCAAUUGGCAGGAGCUAUCUCCAUGAUCUUUCAUACACGUUUCUAAUAAGAUUGAAACUCCGUUUUCUAAACAUCAAGAUUUUCCUUAUUUAUCUUAUUUCUAACAAUAAAAACUUCAUCCCAAAAUAUCUCGAUAACGCUCUUACAGGUCCGUUUUAACUUCACGAACAUCGAGGCGACUAUUAGAGGAAAGAGCUUCCCUGAACGAUUUUGUAAGAACAGUUCCCAGUGAGAAAUAUUGCUGCAAGUAUAAUAGGUAAUGGCGUCAUUUCGUUGCUAUGACAGCUCCGAUGUCAGUGCAAUCCUGAUCAUCACAAAUUUCCCUCUUUAUCUAAUACAACUGUGGUGGCAAUUUUUUCCAAAUGCUUGUUUGUGGCGACGUAGUUUAUGCUCAAACUUGGCAGGUAUUGACUCUGAAAAACUGUAUCGAGCCACUUUCAUAUGCCAGUACGGCCUAUUUUGUUGCAUGGCCCUAGUUUCCUUUCGACUGUUUUGUAAAAAUUUGGGAAACUUGCAAGAAUUUUUUGGGCAAAUGGGAAACGCUUUGGCUUUGAAGUUGCUUAUCCGGAAUCGAACGACCCCUUGCUGUAACUUUCGUCCCAGUUAUCCCCUCAUCCCAAUCCUCAAAGUCAUCGAAGAAAAAAAAAAGGGGCAUCUUGUUACAAGAGUGACCAUGUUUAAAUAAAGAGUUUAUUCACCCGCGGCCCAAUGGAAAAAAGUUUCGUUUAAUUUGGAACGGGAAAAAUUGAAUCUCACUACUUUUUGUAGAAUCUCCAGAUUUUUUUUCUUGGGUCUCUAGGUUUUCCGUUAUCAGAGGUUGGCAAGUCUGUUGCCAUCCGUUGCAACAGACGGCAUAGGAAAUAAUUUCAAUAAAAUUAUAUUGCCUAAAUAUAGUUUUAAAUAACAAAACUGGUCCUUUAUAUUCGGAAUUCAAUUGAUGCGGACAAAAGUUUUAGCUUUAUAGAAAGAUAUUAACCCGGGAGGAGGGGGGUACUCCCUUACACAAGCCAUAUGGGUAUGUGCCGCCCCAAAGGGUAGGGUUUUUUGCGCCGUUUUGGUCUGAAAAUGGGUAUAGACUUUGCCCAUUUUGGUCUGGAAUUGGAUCUGGUUUUCGAGGAAACUACGGGAGUGUACGAACGUUUAUAUAAGUAGGAGUAAGAAAGAAAGAGAAAUACGCGAACUCGAAAUGAAUUUUAAGAAAUCUUUUAUUAUGUUGCUGCUCUUAUUUAUAUAAGUAAUGAUGACAUCAUUUCUUAGAGGCCAAGUCUGAAAACGGUCUGAAAAUGACAUUUUUUGGUCUGAAAUAGGGUAAGGAUUUGGAGAACCGGGCGGCACACCCCUACCAAGAUUCCCAGGAGUCCUCCCCCGGGGAUAAUGAUGAAUAGGGUGAUGUAGCCCCUUUCAAGUCUCAGAUACUUCUAAUCUUGUUCUUACAUGGUGGUGAAAAUUCAAGACGUAUUUGUACUUGUAUGUUUAAUUUUCUCUAGGUGUGAGAGCUCUAAAGUUCCUCCAAGAUCCUCCAUCAUUCCCGCAUACUUUUGUUGGUUUGACUUUUGACUUCAACUGCACAACAGAUGACCCCAAUGCUACAGUGUCACUUCUGUUCAAGGCUACUCAGGUUACUUGGCGUGUGUUACAGGUCUCACCAAACAAACUUCUUUUGAGGAAACAAGUGUUCACCAAAAUCAACCUUGUUCUUUCGGAUGGAGGAUACUAUAAAUGCAAGGCAACAGACCAGUCAGGUCAAACUAUUGAAUGGCCAGAACUGAUGCAGUUAUUUGUACAAACAGGUCUGUGAGAAGGUUCUAAGUAAUGACACUCUAUCCACGGUACAAGUAUAGGGUAAAAGGUUUUUUUUUUUCAAUAACCAAACGAUCCCUUUUUGGAUUUGUUAUAUUUCAAUGUUUUUGAAGGUGUUACUCAUCACUGUUAAUCAAUAGUGAACAGAAAACUUUGACACCCUUUCAAACCCCUUGGCACUUUCCGCUCCCGACUGCUCAGGAGAUGAAGAUGAUUUUUUUAACCCAGAAGUUAUUGUCAUGUAACUUCUUACAAUAUCAGUACCUUGCUCAGCAGACAUGUGAUGAGAAUAAUUAUUAGCAAAUGUAUCAUCAGCCAAAGGAUUUUAGUUUUCAUAUAACCUAUAACCCAAAAUUCUCUUAACUAGAGACCAAGGAAAUGUAUAGCAGCCAGACAGGAGAAUUUUCAGUUUGAUGUUUAUCUGUGGCUAAUGCCAUUUCUGACUUUAUGUUUAAUUGAGCAGUACUGCUAUAAGGAGAAAUAAAUUGGUUCUCACUCUUAAGGUUCAUCUCCAUCUUGAAUUGAAUUGUAAGUACAGCUGUUGUAAACAUAACAUACACUGUAAAUAAAUUCAGAUCUGAUUUGAGUUGCCCUGUUAUUAUUUUCAGACUUUUUGUUAAAUACUGGAAUAAGUUAUGAAAAUUUUGUAGAGACUAGAGUGCAUGUACAUGUAUGUAUUGAAGACAGCAUGUAAAGGUCUGCACAUUUUUUUUGCAGCUCAGUUGCCCAGGCAUUUUGUUUUGAAACCAAACAAAUCAAUCAUUGUGCUGAAAGGGCAGAGUGGGGAAGUCACAUGUGAAGCUGAAAACCCUUCAGUUUCUAAGCUAAAGUGGGAAAAGGAACAGGAUGAUAAAUCAUAUGCAGCCGUUCCCAACAGCCAAGUUAACACGUUUGAAGAUGCAAAUUAUGUGAGAGUGACCCUAAAGAUUACAAAUGCCCAGUUCGUGGACACUGGUAUAUACAAAUGCACAGUAUCAGUUCCACCUGAUAAAUCACAUUAUAAGCGGAUAAAGAUAGAUGUCAAGGGUAUGUUUGUCCUUUAUAUCAUUGUAAAGGUUACUUUUACUGUUAGUAUCUCAUCAUUUCUGCAAUACAAUGGCCCAGUGGCCAGCACAUCAGACACUCACAAUGCAGUUGUCCCCAGUCCAUGUCCUGCCCUGACCACUUGCUGGAUUUGUUUUUGGUCUUCCCAAGAUCAAUUCCUUGGCUUGUUAUUAUCCAGCUGGUUGCCCCCUGCCUGGUUAUUUUCUAUUUGCAUUAUUAUUUUGUUUCUAAUUAUUAAGAGUGCAGUCCCUGUAAACUAGCCGGACUUCCACAGUGAAAACUAACGAAAAUAGAGUUUAACACUUUACAUCAACAAUUUACAUGACUGUACAGUAUAUCACUAAUGCAACGGACAAAAAAGUGGUGAAUGCCCACAUGAUGCUCUGACGAUGGAUGAGUUCUGGCACUUGACGUGGACGACAGUUAAUGCUCUGUAUAAAACAAUACUUUUACAAUAUUUCGUGAGACAAGAUGAGUGCGACUCGCCUUUGGAAUCAUUUAGAGGACAUGACAAAUGAAAGUAACUUUAAGAAACAUUUGCUCAAGAGAUGCUUAAGGGUGAUUCCAUGUUGUGGACGUUACAUUCAGAUACUAAAAUUAACAUUUCAGAUCCCAAUUUAAAUGUCAAAAUGUUCAACCAUUAUUUUUUUAGCACGGUGACUUGUCUAAAAAUGAAGCUGUGAAAUUAUUAUUUACUUUAUUUAAUAUGUUCUAUUAUAAUAUUAUAUUCCUGCUGACCUAUAUUGUAUCAUGCAAUACCAGUCAGAUUUUUUUCUGCUAUACUGACUCCUUAAAAUGAUUCCAAAAUUACUUUUAUUACAUCUCAAGUAAAUAUUGUGAGAAAAAGACCCUCAGUUAAGUGAGGAGAUUUUUUUUUGCGAAACUGCAUGAAUCAUUCUAACUGAAAUUAUCAUUUCUUGUCUUUCGGUCUGACUUAAAUACAGAUAAAAUGUAAAUUUGCACUAAAAUUGCUCAUUGUUCACUACAUUAAGAUUAUUACAUUACAAAUUCUACUUAAAAAAUAAUACUCAUUCAAGCUGUAUGAAUAGAAAAUCAGAAGAAACAAUGAUGCUCAGUUGUUUUCCUCAAAAAGCAUACUUACAAACAGUUCUGGGCAUGCUUAACAGUACAAAACCCCUGACCAGCUACUCAAUUUCUCCUUUUCUAAUCCUCUAAAUGAAAAUUCAUUGUAGUUGAUUGUAAACAAGGUCAACUGCAAUGCCCAAGACAAUGCAUUGUAAGGUCAAGAAAAUUUAGAAAAAAGUUGAAAGAGUAUUCUAAGUUGUAUGAAGUCUAUAUGUCCGCAAUGAAAUGUCUCCAACACUUUUCAACCUAUAAUUUCUGAGUAGAGAAAGCCGACCCAGGAAAUAUUUUGAGAUUAAAAUAAAGUAUACAUCAGACUAACUGAGCAGCAUCAAUAGCACAUGAAAAUACAGUGAACUGUGUAGAGGAACUGGAAAAGGCACCUUAAUGUUGCAGACAUACGUAAUGUCCCCAGCACAAAUUCAACGUCUAUUUUCUUAGGCAAGUGCUAGUUGCUGGAUACAAUAAUUUAUGACCUAAUGAUACUGUAAGGCAAAGGUUAUACACACAUACUUUUAUGUUUAUUAUCAUGUUUUCUUAGAUGUAAAAACUUUGUUUAAAAUUUCCUUCCAAAAAUUGCAAAUAUGAUGAGAUUGAAAUUAUCCGGAAUUCAUGCCUUGUCACAUUGAGCACAUGGACAAGAUGCACGAGAUCUCAGUAAUUUCAGUAAAUUCAAACACCCCAUUAUCUCAACUUUUUGUUGGUAUAAGUUUUAUUGCACAAAAUUUUAUUUUAAAAAAUUCAAAAUUUCAUUGUCUCGUGUUGAAUUGCCCUUAAACAUUAAUGCAAGUCGCAAACAUUCUAGUAUUUCAAGGACAUUUUAAGGUACUUUUUUUCUUUUUUUAUCUCGAUUGUACUGUACUAAAUUAGGUAGCUAUUUUUGACCAUUUGUUUACCCUUAAACGUUUUUUUAUGAUAUCUUUUAUAUUUUAAAAUUAUUUGUAAAUAGUCUUGUUAUCUUUUUGGGCCCACAAUGUAGACUACUGGAUCUACCAGUAAUUGAGACAGCCAUUAAACUGAAGUUUUAUUGUUAUUGUUAUAAUUGUUAAAUUAAGUGUUACUGCCAGUAUGCUGCAGUUAAUUGCCACUGAGUAUUAAUCCAUGUAAAAUCUGUUUCAUUCAUACAUUUAGCUCUUUCAGCACCUUCAAUACAAGCCUAUACGGGACAAACAGAAGUACCAGAGGGAUCCACCAAGUAUAUCAAGUGUGAAACAGAGGGAUCUCCUAAACCAACGGUAGAUUGGUACAGAAAUGGCAAGAAAAUGAAUGUCACAAACUGCCAUUCAAACCCCCAGAGUUGUGAUAAAGUUGACUAUGAGGUUUAUGAAGAAGGAGAUGGUUCUUCUGGACUUCAUACUAUUCACACAGUUAAAGUUCUCAAAAUAAGAAGUGCACUAUAUCCAAGAGAUGUUGGUGAUUUUAAAUGUGUUGCAUCAAAUGGAGUUUCACCAGAUGCUGAGUUAAUUGUCAGCUUGGAUGUUCAAGGUAUUUAAGCAAAGAAAUAACUUUGUAGCGGAGCACGGCACGCGCGCUUUAGCGUAACCCCAUAGCUAAGAUGAUUUGGUUAAUAUCUAGUAUCCUUUCAAUAAAUUUUGGAAGUAACGGGCGCUUUCCAUUUACGAAAAAAACCCGGAAAUUUCGGUGGUAGCAAAAGUGGAAUUUCCGAUCGGUAAAAAGUUGUUCCAUUUGGUCGUAAACCCCGGUACGUGGCCGGGUGCCCGACCGUGGACCUGGAACUGGUACAAACUACAAGAAACGUCAAUGGAACACGACAUUCCGUUCGGAAAUUCCAACCGGGAAAACGGGACCACCUUUUUAGAUUUUCCACUUUUUCUGGGAAUUUUCCAGUGGGACGAACCGACGAAACGUGUUCCAUUUACCGCCGAACCGGAAAUUCCGGAAAUUUUGACUAAAUGGAAAGCGCCCAACGUUUACCGCCCGUCCGUCCGUCCGUCCGUCUGUUUGCACCACAGGGAAACCUAUAUGAAAUCUCACUCUUUCUAGCUUGUAUCACAUGGCCAUACUGUGAGCUCAGGUUUCGUCGACCCAUCUAGGCUACGUUUUUUUUUUCUUUCUCUUUUCUGCUGACAGGUUAAUGUUUUCAACUGAUCGCAGGCUCAAUUCUAAGUGGAUUUAUUUCCAAAGGUUACACAUUUAUUGUUUGCCAUAAGCCUUGACAAGGAGCCAUAUGGGCUCCUGCCUUGGCUUAAUGUAUAUUAUGAGUUUGUGAAACGAAUUUACAUAAACCCGUUCCAAAGUGACUUGAAGACGAAAACCAUAUAGAACCAAAAUGACAGUAUACCACUCCUGUAAUCAGUUUGAACGCAUAGACAAUUUUGAUGCACAACACGUUCUGAGUACCUGUAACGGCUUUUCCGUCCUUGAUGGAUGACGCGGCCAGGUGAGAAGGUCUGAAAAAUUAUAUAAGCAUAGGAAUCUACUGUUAAAAUUCUAGAAACGUAUUUUCAGCAUGAAUGUUUUAUGGCAAGAUGCGUAGUAUGUCUGUAUCCUGGUGCUUGUUUAAAGCCUUUAACAUUGUAUAUGGACCUUUCGUUUCUUUGCUAACCCUGUAAAGUAAUCGAUUUUAUUAUUUACGGACAGUUUCACCCAGAAUUGAGAAGAGGGGAUCGGAAGUAUCCAUAGAAGAAGGCAAAGAAGCUACUAUAUCUUGUCGAGUGACCAAGAGCAACCCACUGCCAACAUUCAGUUGGCAGUAUGCGGUCAUAACGUCCCUAAAGGAACAUCGGUGGAAUACUGUUCCUGGUCGGCUGAUACUUACCAAAAGCUCAACACCGUCAAGUGAAAGCAUUGUGAAAGUUGAAAAAGACCAACAAGAUGCAGAAUACCGUUGUCAAGCACACAACUCCUUGGGAAGUGAUUUUUAUACCUUUAGAUUGGCCAGACUUGGUAAGAAUAUCCCUCAUAAAGCAUUUACUUUUAUUGUCUAAUAGCCUGCAAGCAAGAUCCUCUCAGGGGGCCGAAGAGUCGUGAACUCUUUUUCGAUUUGAAGCCAAUCUGUAAAACACUAUUAAAUUUAGUUUAAAGUUUAUUUAUGAACAUGUUAGCUGAAUAAAGUAACGCAAGACUUAAUUUGCAUUUUGAAAACAAAAAACUUUUUCACUGGUUUCAUCGAUAAAGUCAAACAGACAAAGAUUUAACUGUUAAACGCUUCCAAACCGCAUUUUGUCACCUUACUCGUGUUUUUCGGCAACAGCUUGUUUCAUUAUUUGUAAAAUUUCUUUGUUUGCUACGGCCGCAAACCGGGGAGCCAUUUUGCUUGUAACUUACGCGAGUUUACGUCGUUCGCUCGGAAGAUGUGGAGGUGAAUCAGUGAAUAGCACUUGUUAGUAUUCACCAAAUCAGUGGAUAGCAAUUUUCGCGCGUUCUGGUUGGCUCCCGUACACGGAUUAUCCUUGGAUAUUCACUGUUUUGGGACGGGACUAAAAUGGCUUUUCGUUUCCCGACAGCAGCUGCUCUAAAAGAUACCAAGAAAGGGACAAAAUUUGGCUUGUCGGCGUCUACUGAUCUGUAGAAAAAAAAUUUCUUACUGAAUUUGCAACAAAAUCAUAAAAAAUGAUCCCGAAAUACUGUCAAUUGCAACGUAAACAAACUCUAACUAAAUGACGUCUUUACAAAAAGUUCCUUUUUGAUUUUUAUCCAACUGAUUUGGUAAAUACUAAAACAAUUAUCCCCCUCAGGGUCGGUUCAUAGCGCUAGAUAUAUACCUCGACGCUUCGCGUCUCGGUAUAUAUUACCACUAUUCACCUCCCCUACGGGGUAUAGUUUUAUAAUUUCCGAAUUUGAGUAGCCAAUCAGAGCGCGCGAAAAACACUCUCUUGGUUCGCCACCUCAAAGGGGCAUUUUGCAGGAGAGACGUUUACGCCUUUGAUAACGACAGAAAGUCUAUACUAAGAAGAGGUAAAAUCUGCCCGGAGUCUGUCCAGGAGCUCUGCUUGAUUGACCUAGUAAUAUUCGUGGAUUUAUUUUCUUCUUUGAAACAAGUAUUUCAGUUUUGCUACAACCCUUUGGCACAAUAACUCUGGGUCAAGACCUUACCAUGAUAGACCGAGAAAAACAAACUCGAACAAAUUUAAGUUUGGAAACCCAUGAUUUCUAGAUUAAUUAUGGAAACAUUGAUCUUUUGAUUAGCCUAAAAUGUCUUGAAGCAGUCAUUAGAUCAGGAGUAACUGAGAGCCUUAUCCAUGCACAGCAUUCAUAGUAAUUAUUACAAUGAUUGACUCAUUUUAUUUGUUUUCAUCAACAGCAAAGAAACUCACAAUUGACACUGUUAAAACUCUGACUGGGGUGAACGAAAAGUCUACCUUACACGUGUAUUGUAUUGCCACUGAUCAGAGUUAUGGGUUGCUCGAUAUUGUCUUCUUAAAAGAUGGGGAAAAAAUCCAACUGAGUAAUCCGCGUGUCAAUGUCACAUUUGAACAGCUACCGACAAAUAAAAAGCAGUUCGAUCUCACAAUAAAAAAUGUGUCACUGAAAGAUACAGGACACUAUGGAUGCACGACCGCUAAGUCAUUUCCAAAGCUUCUUAGCAGCAUAAAUAUUACAGUGAAAGGUGAGUGGGCUAUUUUAACAUUGAUUAGACAUCACUAGGAAAAACGUGUGGGGACUCCUGUUGUAAAUACUGUUUUUAUAGUAGCUAGAUCUUCUGCCAUUGGUUGGGUGCAAUUAGAGACGAGUACGAGUACGAGUACGAGAUUUUCUCAGUACUAAGUAGUGCUCGUGAAUCAGCGUCAUUUUGGCGGGAAAACUUGGUAGCCGUCGUUAGUCUAUUACGAGAUUUAGCGAAAAUGUCAAAGUGGGGAAAACAAGUUAUCAAAUGUUAAUAGAAGUUUUAUCAUUUUGCCAUCGGGAGAGGGCGUGAGCUCCCUCACUAAACGUAACAGUGCUAACUUGUCUAGUGAAAAAUGGUGAAAUGAAGCUUUCCGGGGAGUCUAUAUUUUGAGAAGACGCGAAAAAACUUCAAGUCAAAUCUCGUACUCGUAGUCUUCCUCGUCCUUAAAUCUAAAGGUCUCUAAUAUUAUUGAUAACUCCUGCAGAAUUUACCGAAAGUCAAAUAAAGUGACAAAAGGUUGUAUUAUGCAGCCAAUUAUUCGUUUUUGUACAGACUCGACUUUAAGGCUGUGAGAGGUAGCCUGAUCCUCCAUUAAGUUUCUCGAAGCGUGUCUGGGUUUUAGCUCCGCGGCGAUAUUCUAGUGUACAUGUGAGGCGAUACUAUCCGCGUAACUCCAUUAGCCAGUGCUCCAGAAGACCAGCUGUUGAACGGUGGUUUGUAUGACUUUAAACUCUUUGCUAUAGGCGGAAUCGCUCCAAAUGGUAUAGUGUAGCGGUGUCACCUCGUUAGUCGGUCAGCUUACAUGUUUCUUCAGGGGCACCCAACGGGAAAUUUUGAGAAAAAGACCUAAAAACAACAACAAAGCGUGAAUAAAGUUUUCUGAGACUAUUUUAAGCAUUUUGGGAGAUUGCUGGAAAAAAAUUAUCUGUUCCUCACUCCCAGCAAGACUGAUGGAAGAGUUCCCAGCCAGCAACCUUACAACCUGCAACCUGACUUACUGGGAAGUUUCAUAGGGCACAAUUCAGAUCUUGAGUGGUAAGCAACCCAUACAAGUAACCCGUAGCAGCUAUUCUAGACUUCAAAUCCCCUCUGACACCCUGAAUUAUCUUUUUCCCAGCAACACUUUCCUUCCAAGGACUAUUAUUUUUUUCACAUCUCCCAGCCAGCAAAAAUUUGCAUGAAGAACAGAUAUUUUGAGGAACAGAUCCAUUGGGUGCCCCUGUUUAUUUCUGGGUCUGGACAUGGCACUUAGACCAGCGGGACUACCAUCGGCAAAAUUGGUGUACUUCUUAGAGAUCAAAGUAUUCAUUUGACAGUCUUGGUGGAUUAAGUGCAGUUUCAGGUCCCGGUUCCUGAAUGAGCUGAUUAGCGCCAAUCCAGAAAUUUGAAUAUAAUUCCGUUUUUGUAUUUUACCUUCCUAUUUAUUGAUUAGGAAGAGAUAUAUUUCGUGUUAUCUUUACUGUUUCUGGGAGUAAAAGCUCAACAGUAUUUUGUUAGCUCGAGUAGAAUGUUCUUAGACAAGAAAACCUCGCUUGUAAAAAUUUGGCUUAAUCCUAGAUUAAACUUAAUAAUCUUUCGAGGAAUCGGGCCCAGAUGUUCAAAAUUGUGGCAGAUUAAAUAGACUGCAAAACAGCCAUUUUUUUUUUCUCAAAAUCAGUAAAGAAAUCGCCCCAGUCUCGCUCUCUGUUUUCAGUCUCGUUCCAGACCUUUUGUUUGACUGCUCGUGCGUACUUGAAUACGCAAAAAUACGGACUGUUUUGCAGUCUACAGAUUAAAGCAAGUUUAUUGCUUUCAAUAUUGUCUCAGCUUGUAUGAAGGUGUGACUUGAAUCAUCUAUAUUGGUUAUGAGGUGAUUUAUUUAGGUUUCUGGCAAACUGCCCACCUACCCCUUCCCUAAGCAAACAUUAACCCGUACUUCUUGCUGAGGGCAAAAUGAUGGCUUAGGGGAGAGGUAGGUGGGCAGUUUCCCAGAACCUAAAUUGAUCCAUCUUGUCAAAGUCCAGACAGUUCUUUCACCAACUUUUAGUGUUCAAUGUAAAAGUACGAAUUCAUGGAACUAUGGGCAAAAGCAUUGGGAAUACCGUAAAAUUUCGAAAAUAAACCCAUCUUUGUAUAACCCUGUCCAAAUAUAAGCCCCCCAAUCUCAUAACGCAAAAAAACCCGCCGUUAAAUCGCCCCUCCAAAUAUAAGCCACCGAGAACCAUAUAAAGUGCCCUCAAUUGCAAAAGUAAAACAAAAGCAAAAACGAUAAUUUUCCUUCUCUGAAGCAACCCCAAUCAGUUUUGGAAACUCAAAUUUCCCUACAUGAAUAAGUCCUCAGACACCAAGUCUCUCAAAACAGACGCUUUGAAAAUUUAAGCCACAGGAACAUUUUCAGAAAUUUUGCUGUAUUUUUCAAAAAUAUAGACCUGCCACUCCUUAACUAUGCUGGGUGGAUGUGUGGACUAUACUGCAGGGAGUUCCAAUGUGGCCAGUCAGCUAACCUUAACUGAUUGGAGUGAAUACUACUCCCGAGGCUGGCAAACAAUGAGCGCCCAUUCCAGAUCAAGUUGUGUCAUACCAGUUACUUAUUUGUUGAUUCAUCUUUAUAUCUUCCCCAUAAGAGCCCUUGUCAAAGGGUGGAGCCUUGAUCACGCUUUGGGGGCGGCGAGGGAUGGAGAGGGGUUGCAGGUCCUCCAGUCCUGGGUGAUUCUGCCUCUGGUGGCACAAUUAAAUUUCCUCACCCCAUCACUCAAAGGCAGAUUCCCAACCCAAGAAAUACAUUUAAAAUCGCUAUUUUAAUUAAAAAAUUAAUAUGUAUUUUUGCCUUCACAGCUCUGAAAGCACCACACAUUUCUGAUAUACCUGACGUGAGAGUUGUUCAAAAAACACAAGGUGGUAACGCGGAGUUGCAUUGUGAUGUUACUGGUAACCCAGAACCCUCAAUCACGUGGUACUUCUCUAAGAAUGGAAAAAUAAAAGAAAUAAACAGGGAGAAAGAUGACCUGGAUGGCGAUAAGGAUAACUGCAAGAGGCGGAAAAGCGGUUAUUACUUCUUGCAGCCUGUUAAUCCACGUGUGCUUGUGAUUUGCAAUCCACAAUUUGAACAUCAUGAAGGAAAGUAUUGGUGUCGUGCUAAUAACACGGAAGGAAGCCAGAAUAGGUCUGCAUUUGUCAAUGUGAAGAGUAAGCAAUUGCCUUGAAUUUUAUUUGGUUAAUUUUUUUAAAUAUCUUACUAUGUUUAAAAAAAAUCUCAAUUUAAAACGUUAUACAGCUAUCCCGCAAAGGAGACUAGAUUAAUAACGAAGGAGGGGGGAGGGGGGGUCAAGGUAUAUGUUGCGGCUCAAUUUUAUCCUUGGUUUAAUAAAUUUUAUAAUUUUCCUUUAUUUUGGGGUAUGGUAAUAUAUGAUAAUGAGUUGGAAACAAAAAAAUACAGUGAAACCUCUAUUAAGCGGACCCCCAAUUAAAGCUAAUUAAGUGGACACCCUCUAUUCAGCGGACACUAAGCGGGGCCCCGAAAUUAGCGUCUUAUAUUUCCCUUUAUAACGAGCCCGUAUUCAGCGGACACCUCUAUUAAGCGGACGCGGACACUAAAGUAAAUUGGCUAAUUUCUACUCGUUAAUAAUCUCUAUUAAGCGGACACCGGACCGAAUUGACAAUACUAGUAUUAGAUUACGUCCUUGAAAUACGUACUGUAGUCGAUUAAUAAAGAUAAAUCAUUACAUUUAGUUGUCAAUAAAAUGUAGAUUAGACCUUAAGUCUUGCACAAAGUAUAACACAGCUUCCUUAGCUUCCUUAACAACAUGGAAGUUUAUCACAGUACAGAGUAACCGUUGAAAGUUAAUCGUUAACAAACAUUGUGCAAUUUUUACAAGCGGACACCCUCUAUUAAGCGGACACUUGGGAAGGUCCCGAAGGUGUCCGCUUAAUAGAGGUUUCACUGUAAUAAAAUUUAAAUCUUAAGGAUAAAAUUGAGCCACAACACAUACAUCAAUACAAAUAAUCAUCUUUGCAUAAAUUGGUUUGUAUAUAUAGACUGUAACACUAGGCGGUUGGAUAAAAAUGAAAAAAUAUUGUAAAUAAUUAUAAAAGUCGUCAAUUGGAAAUAGCUUUGUUUACUUUUUAACUAAGAAUGUUUAUAUUUUAGUGCUAAUUCAGUAAGAGCCACUGACAAGCCAAGUUCAAGUUGGUAUUAAGGUUUCUUCAUUAUAUAGUCAUAAAAUUUGUUCUUUCUUAACUUUCGAUAAACAAGACACUAUUUUGACUCCCAUCAACAAAAAAAUAGCCACGGUUUAUUGCCAUCAAAACGUGCGAACACUGCUAUCCAGUGAAUUGGUAAAUAAUCAUUAUUACUGUUGUUUGAAAUGCAACAGCAUGUUUGAAAUAGUAAUCAUUUUCAUCAUCAUUCUGAUGAUUCGUCUUAUUUUAUCAGUGGCACCAGUCAUAACUGAACCUGAGGAAGGCUACGCACAUCUUUCACUCAAGAUUGGUGAACCACUGAACAUAAGCUGUGUGGCGGUAGGGAAUCCUGCUCCCAGUGUCACGUGGUUAAAGAAUAGUACAGGAAAGGCAGUCUCACCAACCUCAAUCAACUCCCAGCGAUUGAUCAUUAAAUCAAUGGAAGACAAGGAUUUUGGACUCUAUAGUUGCAUUGCCAGUAAUAAUUUGAGCCAUACGAUGGCUUCCGUUGACAUCAAGAAAAGUACGUUCAUUUCACAUUUUGGUGCAUACAUAGUUUGAUUGCAGAGGUGAAGUUUCUCUGAAAUAUGUUUCAUGAGCACCUGAGUUUGCUAGCGGUUAUUUCCUUCACUUCUUUUGUUUAAAGAAAAUUUAAAAAAUUAGAGGGAAAUUGUUUUUUUCUUAUUUUCAUAAAAAACGUUAUUGCCUUGUAGCCGUUGAUCGGUUUUUAAGAAGGGAUUUAGGAUUAAUUAACUGCCCACCUACAACUCCCCUAAGCCAACAUUUUGCUUUAAGUGAGAAGUAAGUGUUAAUGUUAGCUGAGGGGAGGGGUGGUGGGCAGUUUCCCAGAAACCUAAAUUGAACCCUGAUUUAAACCCUUUUUUCUCCAGGUGUGCCAACCGCCCUCUUUCCCUACCCCUCCCCCUCCCCCAGCAAAAGCUUGGAUUUUUAACUUUAAUUCAGUUUUAUUAAACAGCAGUUCAAGGCCUCAUUCAAUUUUCAAUUUAGACUUAGUAGGUACAAACAAAUUGAAUUAAUCGAUGGCAUCAAUGCAAGCAAUUAAAUCAAUGAUUUUAAAAUAGGUAAUCGUAAAUUUUGUACUCACUAGUCUCAUAACUAAGACGAUAACUGCAACUUCCAGAAAGUAAUUAAAAGUAGUACCAUAUUGCCAAAUAGAUUCUUGUGCUAAAAAUAUCCUUAAUAAGGCACGCGACAAUUAGUGACUCCGAUCAUCAUUCAAAGUUAUUAAACUUAUACCCAAGAAGACUAUCCUUAAGUUAUUUUGUGCUAUAUUGAAAGCUUAAGAAAUUAGACUAACCCCCCGUCCCCGCUGUUUUUGAGGAAUUAGAUAGAAGACCCAUGCCUUAAUUUUCUUGAGUUCCACUCAAAUAUCAAGGAGAGUGCGACAGCCGCCAUUGUUAUGGAAAAUUAGCCAGGUGGUUUAAAACAGUCAGUGAUGGUGAGAUAUCUUUCAAUAAAUGAUAAAUUUAUCUUUUUUCCUCUUUUCCAGAGGAAUCAAUUCCAGUUGUUCUUGAUGGUGGACUAAGCACUGGUACGCUGGUGGGCAUUGCUACUGGUGUGAGUGUAUUUGUUCUUAUCUUGCUAGUGGUGUGUUGUUGUCUGUAUCAUCGGCAGAAGAAGCAGAUAGAUGAGUAUAAGCAGCUUUAUUUCCUGAAGACAUCAUCAGACUACAAGGUAUAUCGCAAUUUAUGAUCAAUUGUACUUUCUCUCGGUAUAAUUAUACUUCUUUGUUUAAAAGUGUGUAACUAUUUCUGUUGCUUUUCCUCCUCCACCACUACCACCACCCUCUCCGGCGGAAAAACAAUAGAAAUGUGGUGGUGGUGGCAAAGGGAAACAAUAGACAUGUGAUGAUGGUGGUGGAGGCUAAACAGUAGAAAUGUGAUGAUGGUGGUGUUGGUGGUGGUGGCAGUGGAGGUGGUAGUGAAGGGAAACAUUAUAACUAGACGGUGGUUGUAGAGGUGGAUGGAAAACGAUGGAGGUGUAAUGGUGGUGGUGGUGGUAUUUAGCUUCACUAUUCACAAUUGAUAUCAUUACAAAUAAACUGUGUUGGAACGAAUGCGGUUGUAGGUUCAAUGUGGAGUCGAUGUAAGGACGAUUUAGGGUCGAUUUGGGGUCAAUGAGGGGCGAUGUGAGGUCGAUAUAGGUUCCAUAAUGUGUGGGUGGCGGAGAAGGGAAAACAAUAGAAAUGUGGUGGUGGUGGUGGGAAUUAAAGUAAUGGAAAUGCGGAGAAGCAAGAAGGGAAUGAAAGAAAGAAGUAGAAGAAAGAGGAGGAUUUCCUUCUUUGUCAUUAAAUAUGCACAAUUUGCGCGCCAAGAAUCAGUGAACCGGAACUGGAACAAUUUGUUGGACAAUGAAAGCGGCAGGAAAUAGAACUUGAAUGUAUAAUUUAAAUUACUUUACAACUCAAUGACUUUAAAUUACUAGCGAGUUAGAGCUUAUUACUUCGGCAAACUGAAUCAACCAAUGAAUACUUUUCUCACAGUUUCAGUCAGCCAAUUAAAAAGCAAGCCCUUCACUGAUCGACUUAGGAAAAAACUAUAAAACCCGUCCAUCGGAUUUAACUACUUAAAUAUAGCGCAUGAUCUUAUCUUAAUGAGAAUCUACCAAAUUUUGUUCAUGGGAGAAAGACAAAAGGCAAUGACGUCAUCGGCGUUAAUGUUUCCAUCAUAAAUUGAUGAGAUUCUCCCCCAAGAAGGUUAAUUUUGGUGCCUACUAUACUCCUCACUUACCUACCUAACUAUCCACCUACCUAACAAGCUACCUAACCACCUACCUACCUAGCUUCCUCACUGCCUCUUUACCUACUCACCUAACUACCUGAUUCGACAAGUAUUUUUCCUGAAAACGUGCUCCAGGAGAUUAAAAAACAGACAGCUCAGACUUAUGCAAAAACAAUGUGCCUUGUUUUAGAUUGACCCAGAUCGCAGCCUGCUGGAACAGUGCAGUGAUUUACCUUAUGACCCAGACUGGGAAUUUCCUGAAGAAAGACUCAUCCUUGGAAAUGUGCUUGGUGCGGGAGCUUUUGGACAAGUUGUUGAAGCAGAGGCCAUUGGUAUCUUGGCGCUAAAUCCGCGAGACAAGAGCGCAGAAUCUUUUAAACGACGCUCAAAGAUCCGUCGGUCUUCAGUUGCAAAGGACCUGAAAAAGGAAGGUGGUGGCUCGGGAUGGAAGAAUGUUAAAGUCCCUGUUGCAGUUAAAACCUUGAAAGGUUUGCAAUUGAAUUGAAGAAAAAUAAUUUUAACCUUUUUAAUGUUUACACAACAUUGUUUGUAAUACGUUUUGUUUCUUGUUGUAGAGGGUGCCACUGAGGCAGAAUACAAAGAUUUGGCUUCAGAACUCAAGAUACUCAUUCAUCUUGGACAGCAUAAGAACAUUAUCAAUCUUCUUGGAGCCUGUACAAAGGGAAAACGCCUAAUGGUGAUCAUGGAGUUUGCUCCACAUGGCAGCUUGCUCAACUUUCUUAGAGCGAGAAGGGAAACAUAUGACGCGAGUUGGACUAAGACCAUGAACGAGCCAGAGAAGGAGUUCACUUUAGUAGAUUUAGUGAUGAUAGGUUUCCAAGUUGGUCGAGGAAUGUCUUUCUUGGCGUCCAAAAAGGUAAGAGUAGUAAGGUUGUACAUAGUUGGGCUUUUUCCUAACAGCGCCAGCUGUUCUUUUAUUGACUUCUAUCAUUGGUACUCUUUUUUUCCACUGGUUUGUUUUCAAUGGUCUUUUUUAUGAAAGGUUGAUCCGCUUUUUGGUCUUCGGCCAGUCACCUGAUAUAAUUUGAGUUCGUUCUGUUGCCCCAACUUAACGACAAAUUUACACGGUAUGAUAUACCUGAUUCAAUAAAGGGUGGUUUGGAAAUUGGGCAGUUGCUCGUGCAUUAUUUAUUUAUUAAUUGACGUGUGCAUUUAGUUCGUUAAAUAACGUCUUAAUUUUACUUUGCGUUAUUUUCCUUGCUUAUAAGUGUUGUCCGUGACUCUGCUCACAUUGUGGUGGCUCCUCCUAAAAUGUUCUACAAUUUGUAUAGGAUUUAAUGGAGCCGAAACCAGUUGUGGAAUUGCACACAUUUUAGGCAUCCUACUGAUGAACGGUCACGACACGUAGAUAUAUUUUUUUAGCAACUACUAUAAUUUGCAGUCUGUCCACUUUGAAUUGCUUGGCGCUCACUGAGGCGAAUCAUUAGAGAGUUUAAAGCUUCACGUAUACGGCAAAAGGGAAACGUCCGAUUCAAGUUGAGACUUUUUUUUUCAGAAUAGAAAAUGAUCAGAUAAAAACAGCUCAAAACAAUUCUUAUGGAUAAAAAAAUUACGUCACACUUCUAAUUUAGGUGUAGAAAUCAUGAACAGUAACCGACAAGACAUAAACGUGAUACUUAACCUCUCUAUUGCAGUGAGUUCCGUAUGCCCAAUUCUCAAUGUCCCAUUGCCAAAGCAGCCUUUUUUGCUGGAGAUUAAGUAAAUAUCGGGCUGAACUUUCUGUCGAUUUAUAGGAAAAGGCCACGAUAAAUAUUUCCGUCAAGUCAGGCUGAUUUGUAAAAUCUGUCUCAGUGCAAAAAUCAUUCUGGUCGAAACUCCAUGUGUGCAACUUCUCACAUCUGAACACAGCGCGUAAAUGAGACAAGCUACCUCAGAUAUCCAAAUUUUUCCAGUCAAAGCACUAUAGCUGGAACUUCUUGCAGAGGGCCACCUCUCGAAAGCGACUUCUACCAAUUUCUAGGAUUAUGGUUUAAAGAUUUUAAUUGUUUUUAACCUCCAAGUAACGGCGUUGUACAGUCGUGUUCUGAGACUCCGCCCAAUCUUACAAAGACAGCGAGUUUUGCUCUUUCAAUACAGAGUCUUAUUUCUAACCUCCGACGAUAGCUUAACGUUAAUACGCAGUAUUUCAACAGACGAAAUGGCAUUUCAUGUAUUGUGGGUUGUACUUUUCUCUUCAGUGCGUUCAUCGUGACCUGGCUGCAAGAAACAUUUUAGUGGGAGAUGAUUAUGUUAUGAAGAUAGCUGACUUUGGCCUGGCAAGGGACAUCUAUAAAGAUGAUCAGUAUGUCAAGAAUACGCAAGGCUUGCUUCCCGUAAAGUGGAUGGCUCCCGAGUCGCUGUUUGACAGAGUUUACACUGAGAAAACAGACGUGUAAGUACACAAGGUUUCCUUAAUCUCUUCACACACAUUAACCCUUUGACGGCCGCUUUGGUCAUUGGGAUCUUUAGAGAAAGGUGCACAUGUACCUGAUCCUUCCACGGGUACAAUUUAUUUUGAAAUUUUGACCAAUCCUGAUAGAGUUACACAAACUCCAGCAACGUUUUAGGGAAAAAUCCACUUCCAAUUUUGUUAUUUACCUACUACUCUUUGCAGAUUAAAUUUGUCACUUUCCUGGAAAGUUAGCGAGAAAGAAAUUCCACGCGAAAGAUAGGCGAUAAAGGGGGCAACAAAACCGGCUAUAAAAAGGAAAGGCAAAGAGAAAAAAAGCGACAAAAAUAAAAGAAGAGAAAAACGAAAAGAAGAUCCGUAACCAAGUCCAAAUUUUGUCUUAUGUGCAUGCGCAAGAAAAUUUUAAAACCUCCCCUAUAUCCAAUGCCAAAAUUAAGAAAGUGGCCGGAAAAAGGUUUAUACUAACUGUGAAAUGCUUUUUUGGAAACAUUUUCAGAAGCGAAUAUACGUUAAACAAACAGACCCAAAUUGAAUUAAAUAUACUUCUUUUUCUUUAGCGUGCAGUAACUUGAAUUCCCUAAAUUCCUGUAACGGGGUAGGACGUGAUGACUUUCAAUAUUAAUCUUAUUUUGACAGAACUCUUCAGAGAUGUCUACCGAUCCAGCUUGAUAGAAAAUGAAUCUCCUCAGUUUAUCCAAAAAAAUCACAUUUUGGACAUUUAAAAAAAAUGUUUACCAAAGUCUUUGUCUCGUACCUUACUAGUUUUGGCUGAAAAGACAGGUAUUGAUCAUGAUCAUGGUUAUUCUUAUCAAAAGGUGGUCAUUUGGAAUCCUCUUAUGGGAAACGUUUACCCUUGGGGGUACCCCUUACCCUGGCCUCCCAACAGAGCUGCUUCUAGACUAUUUGAGUGAUGGCAAGAGAAUGGACAUGCCAACCAAGUGCCCUCUGGAAGUUUACACCAUCAUGAGAGAUUGCUGGAUUCAUGAACCCGAACAAAGACCCCAUUUUACAACCCUGAUAGAGAGACUUGCCAAGAUAUUGGAGAAGCAUACGACAACGGUAUUGAAUUAUUGUUAUACUGUUGGACCGAUCUAUAUAACCGGUUAGCUUGCCAACUGACGGAAUGGCUUACUCACCUGAUCACCUGACUACCUGACUGACUGAGGGCUGACAGACCGACCAACUUACUUACUGACUUUUAAUGACUGUCUGGCUGAAUUGAUAGGUUGACUGACCAACUAUUGACUUACCGACUGGGUGUCUCACUACAUGGCAAAAUCAGUAUUCGAUUAUGUACAAAGCAAAAACCUUCCCUUGGCCCUUCCCACGUUAUUAUGAUAGUUUUGUGAAUUGAGAUCUUGAAACAGCAUCUGUCAACUGCACUAUCAGCUAUUUAUACGACAGCAACAAAAGCACCUUUUCUUUGUCACCGUCCAUCCGCCUGACCUCUUGCAACGACUGAUGGACUUUGCGCCGGGAAAAGGAAGUUCCUCUGCUGAAGUUUUAUUUUUUUGUUUCACAGGAUAACCCUUAUUUAGCACUGCAAAUGGACGAGGAGGUUCAACCUAGCUCAGGUUACUAUCUUCAACCAGUUGAUAAUGCAGGCGUUCGCGAAUUCAAACGAUACGUGAAAUCACCAGUGCAGUCCCCCACAAGUGACACACAAGAACCCCCACAGUUUGAAGACUUGGAAGGAGGUCAAUACAGGUGUGUUUUCUAUGAUAUUUUAAAUUCUCGUACAUGUAGCUAACUACACAGUUCUGAUAUCUCGCGAGAUCAUAAUCUCUUUUUAAUGGAUACUUCUGGUAGUCUUUUACUUAAUUUGAUUACAAUGUACCAGAAUUCAGUUUGUUUUAGCUUUCUAAUUGAAAGAAAACAAAUAGUAUGGUGAAACUUGUUUUACAUUACUCUAGCUGGUCUGUGUAUCAUCAAAACUGGAGAGUAGCGAAAUGACUUUUCUGAAACAAAUGAUACCCUUUAUACAAAGUCUAAUCUCAUUAUUCUUUGUUGCUAUUCUCAGGUAUGAUUCCCCAUUGCCCACUUUGCCACCAGGCCUGCCCGCCUCGAGCGACGAUGAAAUUCCUACGGAACCGCUCCCUCAAACCCCCCCUCCCUUCGAAAACGACGUCAUGGAUGAAAGGAGGUUUCUUGAAAGGGAAAACAGCGCAGGAUGGGAGAGUGGUAUUGACAUGGACCCAACGGAUGAUGGUUAUGUUGACGACGUUCAAGUUGCCACCCCAUUUCUGCCCCGUACGGGUUAUACACUGGUCGGCAUAGACAUGGAGAACGUUUCUGAACCAAAUGUGUUCUCUAAAGGCAACAGAGAAAAAACCGAGACAUCAGUUUGAGUUUUGGAAGUCCGAUAGUCCCAAUGUUGCCGGUAAAGCUUUCACUGCCAAGGUGCUCAAAUAUGCAAGGACGACUGUGGGGAACGACGCUACAUUCUUCAUUCGGUCCGGAUAAACGAAAUUACUUUUAAAAGUGGUAACCAAUAAAUCAGUAAAAGAGUGUGCAUUGACCGACACAAAACGCAACGAUAGUUGGCUUGAUUAUUAGGGACAUGGUUCUCUAUAUUUCGCGGAGAAAAAAAAAAUAAUAAUAAUAUUUAAUAUUUAUAUAGCGCAAAUUAACAUACAGGAG